UUGGUCAAGGUCUUGCACUCUUGCUAUGCUAAUUUUCCACGACUGUUUAUUGUGAGGCGAUGACUAAGAAAAGUCUUUGGAAUCACACUAUGCAAGGCAGUGACAUUAGGAAUAACAACUUUCCUUCUUUCUCAAAAAAAAAAAAAAAACUUUGCUUCUCUUCUCUCUGAGAUAAUAAAAAACCCAAUAGUUAUGGUCAUGGAUGCCUCCUAUACUACAACUUUCACCUUCCUUCUGUUUAUGUCCUUACCAUUAUCAAAUGUUGGAGCUCAAACACAAUCACAACUACUGGCGCGGAUAGCACCGGGUUCCUCACUUUCCCCCGGUAGCAGUGAUUACAAAUCUAUGUGGCUUUCUCCUUCUGGCCAAUUCGCUUUUGGCUUUUAUUCACAAGGCAACAAUGGCUUUGCUAUUGGAAUUUGGUUGGUUGGCAAGAAUAAGAUGAACAGCACAAUAGUAUGGACUGCAAACCGUGAUGACCCUCCAGUAACCUCAACUGUAAAGCUACAAUUUACCAUGAAGGGUACAAUAAUACUAACAGAUCAACAGGGACAACAGAAGCUUAUUGUUAAUGCUAAUACAAGAGCUUCCUCGGCCUCCAUGCUUGAUUCUGGGAACUUUGUACUAUAUGACAACAAUAAUAUUUCCAGCAUCAUAUGGCAGAGUUUCGAUCACCCAACUGAUACUCUAUUGGAGAGUCAAUCUCUACCUUGUGGAGGCAAACUGUCCUCUAGUUUAUCAGAGACCAAUCACUCAACCGGAAGGUUUCAACUCAACAUGCAGGUUGAUGGAAAUCUUGUUCUGUAUCCAGCAUACAUAGCUGAAACAAGUUGGGAUGCUUAUUGGGCCUCUGAUACUGUUAGUGCCAAUGUCAAACAUCAUCUUUACCUUAAAAGUACAGGUUUACUUCAGAUCUUGGAUGACAGCAGUGAUUCUAGCCUUAUUAAAAUUUUGAAUGAUGCUGACGAGGACCAGCAAGAGACUGGCGGAAACCAGACUAUUUAUCGUGCAACCCUUGAUUUUGAUGGGGUUUUUCGGCUGCAUGCUCGUCAUGUUAACAAUGGCAGUGACAAAAUUAUCGCAAGUUUUCCGGGGAAUAACCCCUGUGAAGUAAAGGGGUUUUGUAGCUUAAACAGUUACUGCACAUUCAAGGAUGAUAAACCAUUAUGCAACUGUCUCACGGGUUAUAAAUUUAUAGAUGCAAAUGAAAAGACUCUCGGCUGCGAAAGGAACUAUUCGAAAGCAGAGUGUAGAGCUGAGAAAGAUGGUUUGGCCUUUUAUGAUAUGGUCCCAAUGAACAAUAUUGUAUGGAAAGACCAUCCUUAUUUUGAGACUGAGGAUAUAUUAUCGGAAAAAGAAUGCUCAUUUGCUUGUUUGGUUGAUUGCAACUGUUGGGCUGCACUGUAUGAGGAAGAAAGAUGCAAGAAACAAGGGUUGCCUUUGAGAUAUGUCACAAGGACACAUGAAGCCGACGACUCGCCUGCAGCAGCAUACAUAAAGGUGGGAAAUGGCAGCAUCGAAAACUGGAAGGGGAAUGAUACACUUUUUUAUCCACAGCCACCUCUAAUUACAAGUACCAAAGCAGUGGUGCAUAUUAUCAUUGUUACAUCAAUUUUUACUGCGCUUUUGUGUUCAGCGAUUUUAAUAUCCAUCCAUUACGUUUACAAGAUUCGGGUAUUAAGGUACAAAAGGCUAACGGACACUGGGAACCUAGGGUUGAAUGAAGAGGUGACUCUGAGAAGGUUUUCAUAUAACGAGCUGAAAAGAGCAACAAAUCAUUUUAAGGAAGAGUUGGGUAAGGGUGCUUUUGGAUCAGUUUACAAAGGGGCCUUAAACAAAGGUAAGAGAUUGAUUGCAGUGAAGAGACUAGAAAAAGUGGUGGAAGAAGGUGAAAAGGAAUUUCAAGCAGAAGUGAGAUCCAUUGGGAAAACCCACCACAGGAACCUAGUUAGAUUGCUUGGUUUUUGUGUUGAGGGUUCAAAAAGGCUUCUGGUUUAUGAAUACAUGAGCAACGGAUCACUUGGAAAGCUUCUUUUUGGUGAUCAAAGACGCCCAGAUUGGAAUGAGAGAGUAAGAAUAGCACUGGAUAUUGCUAGAGGGAUCUUGUAUCUCCAUGAAGAGUGUGAUGCUCCAAUCAUUCAUUGCGACUUAAAGCCUCAAAACAUUUUGAUGGAUAAGUUUUGGACUGCCAAGAUAUCUGAUUUUGGGCUUGCAAAACUUUUAAUGCCAGACCAAACCAGAACAUUCACGAUGGUCAGAGGGACAAGAGGGUACAUGGCCCCGGAGUGGAACAAGAACGUGGCAAUAUCAGUGAAAACAGAUGUUUAUAGCUAUGGAAUAGUGCUGUUGGAAAUCUUAUGUUGCAGAAGAAACCUAGAUGUUAAUGUGUUGGAACCUGAGGAGAUUCUUCUUGCUGGUUGGACUUAUAAGUGCUUUAUUGCAGGAGACGUAAACAAGCUUGUUCCUUCAGAAGCCAUUGAUAAAAAUGUCAUGGAAAAUAUGGUUAAGGUGGCACUUUGGUGUAUCCAAGAUGACCCUUUUCUCAGGCCAACAAUGAAGGGUGUGGUGUUGAUGUUAGAAGGGAUUACUGAUAUAGCAAUUCCUCCGUGUCCAAAUUCGAAUUUUGCAUGAGUGAAAUGUAGCAGCAGUUCCUCAUGUGGUUUUCAGUUCAUUUGUUUUUGCCGUGUUACUUAUUAUUGUUUUUCUUUCUCAUUUGUUCAAGUUGUAUCUAAUCUAAGUCGUAUUUAGAUCAAUGAAAUAAGGUAGCAAGCCAAAAGCUGAUGCAGUACGCAUGUUAAUUGUUAA